CUCCUCUCCAACAUGUACCAGCGCCCCGAUAUGCUUACCAACCCCGGCGUCGACCCCCAGGGCCAAGCCCUCGACCCCCGCAAGAUCCAGGACAACUUCGAGGAUUUUUAUGAGGAUCUGUUCGAGGAGCUGAGCAAGUACGGACAGAUCGAAAGCUUGGAUAUCUGUGACAAUUUGGCUGACCACAUGGUUGGUAAUGUGUACGUUCGGUUCAGGGAGGAAGAACAUGCUCAAGCUGCGCUUCAGAAUUUCACUGGCAGGUUCUAUGCAGGGCGUCCCAUCAUCGUCGACUUUUCACCCUUGACGGAUUUUCGUGAAGCUACCUGUAGGCAGUACGAAGAAAAUGUAUGCAAUCGAGGUGGCUACUGCAACUUCAUGCACUUGAAGAAAAUUAGCAGGGAGUUGAGGAGGCGGUUAUUUGGGAGAAACAAGUGA